AUGAGCGCUGGGGAAUGUUUUCAGCCACCUGGAGGAGGAAGUUCAGCGCGGAAGAAAUGUUACCAGACUUCGCCGAUCUGGUACCUGGACUUUUUUGAUGAUCUCAUAGAGAUUGGGUGUGCAGAUGGGCGGUUAAAGUUCUGGGAGGGAACGACUGGUAACUUUAAGGAUAUAUAUGAAGCCGAAAACACCCACAACAAUGGGGUAACUAACAUAAACCUCGCCGGUGACAAAGCGAUAGUCGCACGGUUGAGUGAACGGAUCGAUUUUCUGAGACUGGAAACGUACACCGUUGCCAGCUCACCAUCACGCAUCCGAGGAGGAGCUUCGAUGUAUCCUGGAGUUUCACCAGCAGGGUCACCGGUGACAUGUUUGGAAGUGGCGGGCGGUACAGUCAUUACUGGCAGCCAGGGCCACACUGUUAACGUGUUCCGGCUCAAUAGCCACCUAUUGCAGUUCACCCUAAACGGCCAUUGCGGUCCUAUCACAUGUAUUUUCAUAGACCAGUGGCAGGCCAAGAUGGGCGCAUCUGGUUGCCAGGAUGGCGUGCUAUGUGUGUGGGACUUGAUACGGGGUGCCUGUAUGUACAAAAUUGAAGCCCAUGACGACUCAAUCGUCGCACUUGCCUGUUCCCCGAGUUACGCAAUAUCGCUCGGACUGAACGAACGAAUACGGUUCUGGGAUAGAUUUCAGGGUCAGCCGCUCAACACCAUGACCGUCAGUCAUGCAUAUUCAUCGCUUGUGAUGCUGACGCCGUCCCUUCUCGUGACUGGAAAGUUAGGUUCACUAGUCGUAUGGGACGACAAUUCUAAAGAUGUAACUCGGGAAGUCAGGCUUGACUGUUCCAAUUCACAGCUAAGUCCGAAUAUUAUGCUACCUGCCAGUGGUUUGGUAAUUUGUGACUACGGAAAUCAAAUGAGAAUCGUUCGUUUCCCUCUUGUUGCGUCGGAAAAGUGGUUCGGUCGGGGGAAUCGUAAUCGACCAGCUAACGAAAACAAAUAUAUUUGCUUGAUCUCCCACGAGCAUGGUCCUGCCGGAGUGUUUGCCUCGCCCGAUACCGGGGCAGCCUGUCCUAGCGAGGCUGCCUCUUGUGAAUCGGAACCGCUGAACAUUCCGAUGAGGGCAUGUCCAACGGUGUUACCGACGGAGCCGAUCGCUACACUACCAGCAGUAGCUGAGAUUUGA